UUGCCAGGCGCCGGAAGUAGGCCUCGCCGGGGGCGCGCGGAUGUGAGGGUGGCGCAGGGGGGUACGGUGGGCCCCGGCGGGGCGAUGCCGGGCAGGAGAUCGGCCAAGGAGAAGAAGCGCCGCCGCUCGCGUUCCUCCUGUCCGGAGGGAGCCUCGGGGCCGGGCGGCAGCGAGAGGAAGCGGCGGAGCACCGAGUCCAGCCACGGCGCCGUGGAGGAAGCAAAAUGCAAUGUACCCACUGGAGAGAAAGUGGAAGAAGCUGAACAACCCAGUGAUAUAGAAGAAGGAGGACUAGAUCUCAGCGUCUCACUCAAACCAGUCAGCUUCUACAUUGCAGACAAAAAAGAAAUGCUUCAACAGUGUUUCUGUAUCAUAGGGGAGAAAAAACUACAGAAGAUGCUGCCUGAUAUUUUAAAGAACUGUUCCAUGGAUGAAAUCAAAAGGCUUUGCUUGGAGCAGUUGGAGCUGUUAUCGGAAAAAAAACUGUUGAAGAUACUUGAAGGCAAGAUUGGAGCUGAUUCUGAUACUGACGAGGAGGCAGAUGGAGAAGACAAGACUGGAAGUGAAUCAGUCAGUCAGCAGGACAACAGUAUAGACUCUACUUCUUCUCUGAGAGAGGACAAGCUGGAAGGUCAGGAAUCAAAACAAGGCAAGGGAGAAGAUAGUGAUGUCCUCAGCAUAAAUGCAGAUGCAUAUGAUAGUGACAUAGAAGGCCCAUGCAAUGAAGAAGACGGCCCAGAUGUGCCAGAAAACACUGCCAGAAGUGGAGCCAGUCAGAUAGAUGACCUUCAGAAGGACAUUGAGAAAAGCGUGAACGAGAUACUGGGGUUGGCAGAGUCCAGCCCAAAGGAGCCCAAAGCAGCAACCUUAGCCAUUCCUCCAUCAGAAGAUGUUCAGCCAUCAGCACAGCAGCUGGAGCUUCUGGAACUUGAGAUGAGGGCCAGAGCUAUUAAGGCUCUCAUGAAAGCUGGUGAUGUGAAAAAACUGCCCUGAGAUUGUUUGGAUUUAAUAUUCAGUAUUUUUUCUGGAGGAUGUGAUGUCUGUUCUCUUCAGUGCUAAAGUAUAUUUGGGUUGAGUAUGACGUUCCUCGUUCAAACCCUAUUGUGAAUCCUGACCUGUGGCUUAAGCCAUUGAUAUUGGUUUAUUGCCUUUAAAGUGCUGCCUCCGUGACAUGCACAGCUUGAUGCUUCACUGAGAUCAGGUCUCUUUGUGCUGGGUUGUCUCUUCAAGGAGUCACACAGUGUACACAGCGAUGACAGGAACCUGGUGCCUUUCAGAAAGGUUAGGAGAAUCAAGUUCUUUGUAAUGCUUAUGGUUAGAAAUUACCAGCUGUUUUAUUUAUUAGCAACUUGUUAAACUACUGGAGAAACUUGGUUUAUAUGUGCUUCAUUAAAAAUACUAUUUUGAAGAGGUCUGGUCUUUUGUCGUGUGACUGCCUUCAACAUUCUGUGAUGGGAUUUGAGAUUGCUUAUUUCUCCUUGGGGCCCAGCUCAUCACAGUGUAGCUAUUCUAGUUAAAAUGAAUGAUGAUUCACUUAAAAGCAUACUUAAUUUUUAGAAAGUUGAAUUCCUAAGGAGAGGAAUUUUUCCCUUUCAGAUAAACAGUUGAACUAUGUUAUUUUCAGAGUUAUGGAAGUGCCUGAAAGUGACAAAUACCAGAGUCUUUAUACUGUUGGUCAUUUCAUUUUGUCACUCUCCACUGCUGUUUGUCUUCGAUGUCAUAAAUGAAAUAAAGAAAAUAGGAUUUUUUCUUGACUAUGAA